AUGAGUUUACGGACACCCGAACUUUUGACGACACAAGUAACAUCAUCUCAAUUUGUAUUGUUUCGUGAUAAUGAAGUUGAACAACAGCCAUCAUCUGAAGAUGUUGAUAGCUUAUCAUUCUGGUAUGAAUGGAUUGCAAAUGCUUAUUCGAACGUUGAUGAAUUACAAUUCAUGAAUUAUGGAUAUGCAGACUUUGAUGAACACAUUGACAAUGACAGCAACUACUGUUCAAAACAACUAUAUAAAGAGGUCCUUGCUCAAGUAUCACUUACAAAUCAGACUGUACUUGAAGUGAGUUGUGGUAGAGGUGCUGGUGCUGUUUGGUGCGUUGAUAAUUAUGUACCUGAUUCUUAUGUGGGAGCUGAUCUUUCUUCAGGUGUUAUUGAUGUAUGUCGACAACGUCAUUCGAUGAAGCCUCGACUUUCCUUCGUAGUAGCCGAUGCAACAAAAUAUUUGCCAUUUGCAAAUGAGUCACUCGAUAUUGUUAUUUGUGUUGAAGCAACACAUGCUUAUGGUGGACCAAUAGCAGUUAAACAAUUUGCUAGUGAAGUUGCUCGUGUACUUCGUCCAAAUGGAUAUUUUCUUUGGUGCGACUUAUGCCACAUAGAUGGAUCAGAUACAUCAAUUGAUUAUUUAACAGCAAACGGUAAAUUGAUUGUUGAAGAAAAGAUAAAUAUUACAAGAAAUGUCCUUCAUGCACUCGACAUUCAGAGCAACACUCGUACCCAAUUUAUUGAACGUUAUGUUCGACCAAGAGAACAAGAAUAUUUUCGUUUGUUUGCUGGAUUGCCUGGUACUCCGAUGUACAAUGGAAUGGAUGAAGGACGUAUACAGUACUGGCGAGCUAUAUUUCGAAAGAAAACAACAACCGAUAUGUCUAUUACUAGAGUACGCCGUCUGUCAUUCCCUAGUAUCCCUCACUAUUAG